AUUAUCAAUACGCUUUAAUACAGCAAUGGGUGACAUUUUUAAUCAAACUGACAUUACUCUCACAUUUGUGUUUAUAUUUACUUUGAUAGCUAUUGGAUUAUAUCGUAGACAUCUAAGAUCGAAGGAUCAACCUCCAGGACCAUGGGGACUUCCAUUUGUCGGAUAUCUUCCAUUUCUCGGCAAAAAUCCACCAAGGAAGUGUACGUGCCUGGCCAAGACGUACGGUGAUAUAUUCCGCAUUCGAUUGGGUAGCUGGCCAACAAUAGUUUUAAAUAGUAGCGCGGCAAUUCGAGAAGCAUUAGUUGAACAAUCAGAAACAUUUUCUGAUAGACCAGACUUUUUUUCAUGUAAAGUUGUAAACAAUAUGCGAAGCCUCGGUUUUGGGUCCUACACCCCAAGAUGGCGCUUGCAUAGUAAAAUAGCUUCAACUGUACUUCGUGAAUUUGCAUCCCCGAAUAAACCAACGACGGAGAAAGUUAUAAUGAUGGAAGCAGAAAAACUUACAGAAUAUUUUCUAGAAAAUACACAUACACAUUUUGAUCCACACGAGGAAAUAUUUUUUGCAAUAGGGAGUGUUAUAUAUCAAAUAUGUUGUGGAAUGGACAAAGAUUGUAGGAACGACAAAGGCUAUAUAAAUCUAAUCAAGAACACUAAAAUGAUGCAAGAAUUUGCUGGUGCUGGAAAUCCAAUAGAUGUCAUGCCUUGGUUGCGAUAUGUUAUUCCUAGUAAAGCUACAAGAUUUGUAGAAAUUCUGCAAACUCUGAUUGUAUCUACUGAUACGAUUAUGAAUGAACAUUUACAAACAUUUGAUGAGAAAUACCUUCGAGAUGUUGCAGAUGGUCUUAUAUUUGCGGAGAAAAAAUAUUGCAGAAACCCGAAAAAAAACCAAGGGAUCACAAAAAGUGAUAUAUUCUCAACACUACAAGAUUUUCUUGGUGCAGGUUUCGAUACUUCAUCAUCAACCCUCGAAUGGAUUAUUUUAUCUUUGGGACAUUAUCAACAUAUUCAAGAGUUAGUUCAACAAGAAAUUGAUUCUGUUAUUGGUACCAGAAGUGUGAGUUUAGAUGACAUGGGUAAGUUACCGUUUACAGAAGCGACAAUACUCGAGACUCAAAGGGUAUCGCCAGUAGUUCCUAUAGGAAUACCUCAUGCAACGUCAAAGGAUACCGUACUUAGAAAUUAUAGGAUAAAAAGAGGCACUGUAGUGCUGUGUAAUUUUUAUGGGACAACAAGGGACUCAAAGGUAUGGAGAAAUCCUGAGGUGUUCACACCGGAAAGAUUUUUAGAUGAUCAGAACUUUAUAAAUUCAUCAAUUGAAAACAAACUAUUGACAUUUGGUGCUGGACGUCGACGUUGCCCAGGAGAUUUUAUUGCUAAAAUGGAACUGUUUUUAUUUGUUGUAAAUAUAUUUCAAAAAUGUAAGAUCAAAUUAAUUUCGGAAGCCAAUUUUGAGGGGGUUUUUGGUCUUACAUACAGUCCUAGAUCCUAUACAAUUAAAGUAUUUCACAGAUAAAAAGUUGAACGGUUUAAUGGUUUUUGUUCAGUUAUCAGAAAGUGGUUUUCACAUAAAAUUGUGCCGUUUGCUCUCAGUUAAACGGAACAUUAUGCGUUAAGUCAUUCCUUUGAAUAAAAACAGGUGUAUGCUGGCGACAAACACUGUAAAGAUUCACAGAAAAUUGUGCCGUUUGCACUCUGUUAAACGAAAAAGUAUGCAUUAAGUCAUUCCUUUGAAUAAAAACAGGUGUAUCCCAGCGACAAAAACUGUA